AUGGAUUUACCGCCUCCGGUUCGACAAACGACGUAUGAUAUGAUAAUUGAAAACAUUUAUUCUGCUGCUUCAAGUAUUGUUCAAUUGGUGUUAAAACAAGCUGUAAAAGAAGAACAACAGGAAAUAACAAAACAAAAUUCGAGUGAUGAUAUCAAAAAACUGACCGUUUCAGGAGAUGGUACGUGGCGAAAACGUGGUUUUACUUCAUUAUAUGGAGUUAUGGUUCUCAUUGGUCACUUGACAGGAAAAGUCGUUGAUUUUAUUGUAAAGUCUGCUUAUUGUGCUGAAUGCAACUAUUGGAAUAAACACGUCAAUACCGAGCAAUAUCAGGAAUGGAAAUCUAAUCACGAAGAAAAUUGCCAGGCGAAUCAUGUCGGAUCGGCAGGCAAAAUGGAAGUAGACGUCGUGAAGGAAUUAUUUUCAAGAUCUGUCGAAAAGCAUGGAGUUAUGUAUAUUAAUUACGUCGGGGAUGGCGACUCUAAGACGUACACGGGAUUAGUGAAUGCGAAACCGUAUGGUGAUGAGAUUGAGAUUGUAAAAAAAGAAUGCGUGGGACACGUUCAAAAGCGAAUGGGAACCCGUCUUCGCGAAUGCAAGAAAAAAAAUUCUGGAAUCGGCGGCAAAAACAAAUUGACGGCAAAGUUUAUAGACAAACUGAGCAUUUACUAUGGCUUAGCCAUUCGAAGAAACAGUAACUCCAAGGAUGACAUGAAAAAAGCGAUAUGGGCAACAUUCUACCAUUACGGCUCAACAGACAGCAAGCCUGAACAUCAUUUUUGUCCCGAAGGCCCCGAAUCGUGGUGCAAGUGGCAACAAGCGAAAGCUAAAGGAGGACUGAAGAAUUUCCAUCACGAUUAUUCAGCAUUGCCAAAAACGGUGUUAGAUUCCAUCAAACCAAUUUACGAAGACCUCAGCAAUGACAAAUUGUUGGAACGCUGUGUUGGCGGAUACACACAAAACAGCAAUGAGAGCUUCAACCAACUUAUUUGGAAGAUAGCUCCAAAAACGAUGCACAGCGGGGCCAAAAUCGUUAACAUUGCUGCAUUUCUUGCAACAUGCACGUUCAACAAUGGUGUCAUAUCAUUGUUAGAAAUCAUGAACGUGUUAGGAAUAUCGGUCGGAUCGGGCGCGCACUUGUACGCUGCGCAAGAAGACAAAACUCGCAUAGCGAAAGCCGAGCUGCAAGCGCAAGAACAGUCUAAAGAAAGUCGAAUACGGCGCCGACAACAAAAUUUAGAAAAUAUGAACAUUCCGUCGACCGUAGAAGACUUACACUAUGGGCCUGGUAUCGAUGAUUCUAUGUAA